CCCGCCCCGGCCCCGCUGACUCACGACGCAGCGAUAAGCGCGGCCCGGCCCGGCCCUGCGCGCCGAUGCCCCGGGAUGUCCGGUACGAGCGGGCCAUGGGCGGCCCCGCCGCGCCGCUGCCCCGCGGGCUCCCGCUGCCGCUGCCGCUGCUGCCGCUGCUGCUGCUGCUGCUCCCGGCGCAGUGCCUCAAGGGCGGUGCUGUGACUGUCCCAGAGACGCUGCUCUUCAUAUCCACUCUGGAUGGAAACCUCCACGCAGUGAGUAAGAGCACAGGGGACAUCAAGUGGACCCUCAAGGAUGAUCCCAUUCUGCAGGUGCCGGUCUAUGUGGCAGAACCAGCGUUCCUCCCAGACCCCAAUGACGGCAGCCUGUACAUCCUGGGAGGGAAGAACAAGGAAGGCUUGAUGAAGCUCCCGUUCACCAUCCCAGAGCUGGUGCAGUCCUCGCCGUGCCGCAGUUCGGAUGGCGUGCUAUACACCGGGAAGAAGCAGGACACGUGGGUCAUCGUGGACCCCAAGUCAGGGGAGAAGCAGACCACGCUCUCAACAGAGGCCUGGGAUGGUCUGUGUCCAUCCAGUCCCCUGCUCUACAUUGGCCGGACCCAGUACAUCAUCACCAUGUACGACACCAAGUCACGGGAGCUGCGCUGGAACGCCACCUUCUCCGAGUACUCAGCACCGCUCUGCGAGGAGCGGCACCACUACAAGAUGGCUCACUUCGCAUCCAGCGGGGACGGGCUGGUGGUGACGCUGGACAAGGAGAGCGGGGAGAUGCUGUGGGCACAGAACUACGGCUCGCCCGUGGUCGGCAUCUACGUGUGGCACCAGGACAGCCUGUGCCGCGUCCCCCACCUCAACCUGGCCAUGGAGACCCUGCGCUACCUCACCUUCCACUCACAGGACAUCCACGUCCGCAAGUGGAGCCACCAGUCCCUGAAGGACUUCACCAGCACCAAGACCCAGCUGCUGCCAGCGCUGUACGUGGGGAAGCACGCAGCCAGCUUCUAUGCCCUGACCUCCCUGGUCCACAGCAGCGUGGCGCUGGUGCCGCAGGGCAUCACGCUGGCCAGGAUUGACGGCCCCACCACGGAGGAGGUGACCAUGAGGGAGUCGGGGGAGUGCGAGAUCACGCCCAGCACCGACGUCAAGUACCCGCAGGGCAGCAUCACCGCGCUCCGCAACCAGUGGCUCCUCAUAGGGCACCAUGAGCUGCCCCCCGUGGUGCACACCACGAUGCUGCGGGCGUUCCCAGAGAACCUGCGGAAGACGACAGAAACCAUCAUCCCCAGGGCCCCGGCUGCCAGGACCCUCUUCGAUGAUUUCCUGGCCCCAAGCAGUGUGGAGGAGCCGGCCAUCCGCAGCGAGGAGCAGCUCCCAUCAGAUCCUGCACCAGGGGAGCAGAUGGAGGUGUACCCUGAUCCCAGUGAAUGGGACCUGGUGAUGGCUGCUGUGGGCACGGCUCUGCUGGGCGGGGGGGUCCUGCUCCUCCUGCUUACGAGGCUGCAGAGGCAGCACGUGGAGCAGCAGCAGCAGCUGGAGAAGCAGAUUCAGCUCCUGCAGCAGCAGCAGGAGAUGCUGCUCCCCGGCUGGGCCUCCAGGGAGGCUGCUGCCGCUGCGGAGCCGGGGCUGAGCCAGGGCAGCGCAUCCCAGCACUCGCAGGGCUCCUCAGCCCACCAGAAGGACCUGGCUAACGGCACAGCCAGCCCGGAUCCCGCUGCCCCGGUGGCUGCUGAAGAUGCAGACCCAGACAUGGUUGUAGUUGGGAAAGUUUCCUUUAACCCCAAGGAUGUGCUGGGCCAUGGAGCUGGAGGAACCUUUGUCUUCAGGGGACGGUUCGAGGGCCGGAACGUGGCCGUGAAGCGCCUCCUGCCCGAGUGCUUCCACCUCGUGGACCGCGAGGUCCGGCUGCUCCGGGAGUCCGACGAGCACCCGCACGUCGUGCGCUACUUCUGCACCGAGAGGGACAAGCAGUUCCACUACAUCGCCAUCGAGCUCUGCUCCGCCACGCUGCAGGAGUACGUGGAAAGCCCCAGCUUCGACCGCCGUGGCCUGGACCCGGUGUCUCUGCUGCACCAGACCAUGUCAGGGCUGGCUCAUCUCCACUCCCUCAGCAUCGCCCAUCGUGACCUGAAGCCCUGUAACAUCCUCAUCUCUGUCCCAAACCCCCACGGGCAGAUCCGAGCCGUCAUCUCCGACUUCGGCCUCUGCAAGAAGCUGCAGGGGGGCCGACAGAGCUUCAGCCUCCGCUCCGGCAUCCCUGGCACCGAGGGCUGGAUCGCGCCCGAGGUGCUGCAGGAGGCUCCAAAGGAGAACCCGACAUGUGCUGUGGACAUCUUCUCAGCCGGCUGCAUCUUCUACUACGUGUUGUCAGGGGGACAGCACCCGUUUGGGGACAGCUUGCGGCGACAGGCCAACAUCUUGUCGGGCGCUUACCAGCUGAGCUGCCUGGAGGAAGAAACUCAUGACAAGCUGGUUGCGAGAGACCUGAUUGUGGCAAUGAUCAGCCCUGAGCCCCAGCACCGACCCUCGGCCCCCGUGGUCCUUGUGCAUCCCUUCUUCUGGAGUCAGGAGAAGCAGCUGCAGUUCUUCCAGGACGUCAGCGACCGCAUCGAGAAGGAGCCCGCUGAGGGCCUCAUUGCCUCUGCCCUGGAAGCGGGCGCGCGGGCGGUGGUGAGGACCAACUGGAGGAUGCACAUCUCCCUGCCGCUGCAGACCGACCUGAGGAAGUUCCGCACCUACAAGGGGACCUCGGUGCGAGACCUGCUGCGGGCCAUGAGGAACAAGAAGCACCACUACCACGAGCUGCCGGCCGAGGUCCGCGCCGCGCUGGGCUCCGUCCCCGAUGCCUUUGUGCACUACUUCACCUCCCGCUUCCCCCGGCUGCUGCUGCACACACACGGGGCCAUGAGGGGCUGCGCCCACGAGCGCCUCUUCCACUCCUACUACUGCCAGGGGCCGGCAGGCGAUGCAAAGUGAGCAGGAUGCACACUGGGACCACGCCAGGCUCCACAGCCAG